CUUUAUAAAGACAAUUUUCUUGAAAACCUCGACUUUUAAAAAAAAAAAAUUGCUUUUCAAAAAAAUGGAGACCGAUCAAAGAUAUCUAAUUUUUACUGCGGAUACUAAUAAAGUCACUGAUCUGUACGAUGUCAAUAAUACUUUUAUUGACACACUUCUUUUUUAUUAGUUAAUUCACAAUGGCGUUGAAUUGGGCUAUGGUCGCUUCUGAUGGGAAAAGUCCGGUACCUCUUCCUGGAGAGAAGAUUCUUUUAGAACAGGACAAAGUUUCCCUUAUCUUGGACAUGGGAAGUGGUUACCCAGGUAAUGCAGAGACUCUUAAAGCCGACGGAGGCAUAUAUUUAACAAACCAACGCGUAAUAUUUAUUUCACAACCAUCCUUGGAACACUUUAAAUCUUUGAGUAUACCUCUUUUAAAUUUAAAAGAAGGAAAGCUUCAACAACCUUGGUUUGGGGCAAAUUAUUAUCAAGCUGUUGUAACUCCGGUUCUGAAUGGAGGAUUACCAGCUCCAGGACAAUUAAAAGUUACCUUCAAAGAAGGAGGCGGAUUUGAAUUCAGCACAGUUUAUAAAAACUUAAUGUUGAGAUUAUUUGAGAACGAGGGAACCGCUCCUGUAGAACAUACUGAACCGUUGCCAAUGUAUACACCGCGUCAAGACAAUUCUUCAUCAGCACAAAUAUCAACGUCAUCUUGCAGUAAUGUUGUAUCAUCAGGAGCUCCUCUCAAUAGCCUUGAGCCAUCUGUUGACGCUACAACUUCUCGUAACAUUUCUACUUCCACCGAAGCUAGACAACCACCAGUAGCUCCAGAUGAGCUGCCACCUGCCUACGAUGAGGUUGUAACGAGAUAAGUUAUGAUAUUAGAAGUUCGGGAUUUAGCGAAAACUAAUACUAAAUAAAAUAGUUCAUUAUAUAAUAAUAGGUUACCAAUUUUGAUAGAUUAAUUUAGUUUAUCAUUAUCAGAAUAUUUCGUGUGAUUUAUUACUUUAUGAAAUAAUUGUAUUUUAUUUAUUUUAUUUAAGUUAAUUUAUAAUGCUUUAAAAAAAUAAUUUAUUGGUCAGUCUAUUAGGAUAGUGAUUUUGUUAAUGGCUAAAUAUUUGCAAUCAUGUAGGCUAUAACAGAUAAUAUUUUCAUCAAAACAUCACCUAAUUAUAUUUUCAGCAUGAUCUUGUCUGACUGUCUGACACAAUAACUAUUAUAUAAAAGUUAUUGUAUCAUUAAAUAAAAAAACGCAUAUUAGAAAUUAGAAAGAUUUGUUACAGGCAAAUACUAUCAUUAUAAAUUUUAUUCAACCUUUCUACAAAGUC